UUUGUGUACAGGUGAUUAAUAUAUUUCAUUUCGAGUCCGCUUUGUUUUCUCUCAUUAUGGCUCACAAGAUUAAGGAUGUUAAUGAAUCUUUGGAGAAGAUCAAGAGUGAGGCAAGUGGUUUAGGGCUUAGAGUUGGAGAAGUAGCUGGACCUGCAGAGUUGGUUACUUUGACGACUACCUUAAAUAGAGAGACAGACUCUUUUCUUGAUUCUUCAGAAGUUGUAGGAAGAAAACAUGAGGUUUCCAAAAUUGUAAGCUUACUUGUUGGGGCUAGCAGUAGACAAGAUUUUUCUGUUAUUACUAUAGUGGGCAUGGCGGGCUUGGGGAAGACUACUUUGGCUAAAAUGGUGUGCAAGGAAGCAGAAAAGCAGAAACUCUUUGACGUCACCUUGUGGGUUUGUGUCUCUGAUAUUUUUGAUGACAGAAAAAUCUUAGGAGGAAUUUUGCAAUCGAUUAAUGUGAAUGCGGGUGGACUUAGCAAUAUCGAUGCGAUAAUUAAGCAUCUAUGCGAGAAGCUGAGAACCAAGAGGGUUCUUCUAAUUCUGGAUGAUGUGUGGAACGAGGAAUCUGGCAAGUGGGAAAGUUUGAGGCGCCGUUUGAGGAUGAUUAGUGAAAGUAGUGGCAACUGUGUUGUUGUUACAACUCGCAAGGAGCAGGUAGCCUCUAUUAUGGAGACUUCUCUUAUGCAUAGACAUGAUCCGAAGAAACUAUCCGACAACGAAUGCUGGUCCAUAAUCAAGGAGAAAGCAUUUGGAGAUGCCGACGCAAAUGUACCUUACAACCUUGCUGUUAUUGGCAAGGAGAUUGCAGUUAAAUGUGGAGGUCUGCCUCUAGUUGCCAAGGUUUUAGGAGGGACCAUGCGCUUUAAAAUAGAGGAAGCUGAAUGGUUGUCAAUUAAAAACAGUCGCUUGUGGGAUUCAGUGGGAGAAAACAAUGAAAUUUUGCCUAUAUUAAAGCUAAGCUUUGAUCAUUUGCCGACAGCUUUUUUAAAGAGAUGUUAUGCCUAUUGUGCAACUUUUCCCAAAGAUUUUCUCAUGAAAAAGGAGCAGUUGAUUCAGCUGUGGAUGGCUCAAGGAUUUCUUCAAGAAGAUCAAGCAAAAGAUAUCCACAUGGAAGAUGUUGGUGAUGAGUAUUUUAAUAUCUUGUUAACAAAUUCCUUAUUCCAAGAUGUGGAAAGGAACGAACUUCGAGAUAUUGUUAGUUGCAAGAUGCAUGAUGCUGUGCAUGAUCUUGCCCAGUUUGUUUCAAGAUCUGAAACAUUGAUUCAUGGAGAUGAUUCUAGUAAAGAUAUUUCUCACAUCCGACAUUUAAAUCUCAUUGAUGAUAAGGAGAUAUUGGUAAAACUAGGUCAGACUGGUGUUAAAACAUUGCGAACUUUAUUUUCAGAGGUUGAUGUUUUUGAUAAGCUUUCGUGGGCAUUCAAAAGGUUGCGGGUUUUAAACCUUUCUGAUUCUUACAUCAGGACCUUGCCUGCUUCAAUCAGGAAAUUGAAGCACUUGAGGUAUUUAAAUCUGUCAGAAACUCCUAUCAGUGUUCUACCAAGAUCAAUCACCGAACUCUACAACUUGCAGACGUUGAUUCUGCUGCAAUGCUAUUUUCUUCAACAGCUUCCUAAGGGAGUGGAAAAUUUAAUUAGCUUGAGACAAUUUUAUUUUGACAGUCCAAAUCUGGUGCCAGCUCUAAUAGGGAGGUUAACUUCUCUUAGAGCAUUGACAAUGUUUAAUGUGUGGAUUGACACAUCUACUAGUUGGUUGUGGUCGUGCAAGUCUCUCCAGAAUUUUAUUCUAUGUAAUUGUCAUGAUUUGUCAUAUUUUCCAGAAGAUUUAGGAGGUUUUAUCACUGGCUUGACGAAGUUGUGGAUUGGUGGCUUCUCCGAGGAGCUAGAGGAAUUCCCCAAUUUCAGUUUUAUCCAAUAUUGUUGUGCUUCCCUUGAAAAUCUGAGAUUAAUUGGGUGGGAUAAACUCAAAUCUUUGCCACAUCAACUUCAACAUCUCACUUCCCUUAAGAAGUUAGAAAUAUUGAAUUUCCAUGGAGUGGAAGCCUUGCCUGAAUGGCUGCAGAAUCUCUCAUCUCUUCACACCUUAUAUAUUAAGGAUUGCAAGAAUCUCAAGUAUCUACCUUCAGAAGAAGCCAUGAAAUGCCUCAUCAACUUACAGAAGCUGGAGAUUCUUGAGUGUCCACUAUUAGGAAAAAGAUGAACCAAGCAUGGCCCUGAGUGGUCCAAGAUUUCACAUCUCCCAAUGAGUGGAUUCAUCCUUCACUUGCUAUCAGCUUUCUGGAACACAAAUUGAAAUAGCCACUUCAUUUGGUCAUUCGGGAAAGUCCACCAUCUAUCACUCUGAAGGAAUCACCAUCUAUCACCCGUGAUGCAAUGCUGCAGUUAAUUCAGUUGAUUCAGGAGCAAAUGUAGCUAGCUUUAAGUGAGGGCAGAGAUCCUACAGGCACUGCAACUCCCUCUAGAGCCAAUGCAAGUUAUCUCAAUCUUCUUCCAGUGCAUUGUAUUGCCUCAAAAGAUCUGGUAAUUUGAGAUUCAGUAUAUACCAAAACAUAACUUCAGUUGAAUUGUGAACAUGAGUUUACACUUGCCUUUUGA